AUGCCUCCCCACGAAGGACUAAUUCACCCCAAGGAAUACGACAUCAAAGACAGCAAUGUCGAACUGAUUGGAUCCGAUCUCGACCACCAGGUCAAAUACAACUCGGCCGCCUCAGAGCCCGCCUGGAACAAUGGCAAGGUGGGGCAGGAGCCGGGGCUGCUGAUCUGGCGCAUCGAGAAUUUCGAAGUCGUACCGUGGCCCAAGGAGCGGGCGGGCGAGUUCUACGACGGCGACAGCUAUAUCGUCCUGCACUCAUAUAAGCUCGGCGAUGACAAGCUGGGCCACGACAUUUUCUUCUGGCUCGGCAGCAAAACCACUCAGGACGAGGCCGGCACCGCCGCUUACAAGACCGUCGAGCUCGAUGAGUUUCUGCACGGCGAGGCGACCCAACACCGCGAGGUGCAGCAACAUCCCUCAGAGGAAUUUACAUCGCUGUUCCGCCGCAUCUCCAUCCGAUCCGGCGGCGUGCGCUCGGGCUUCACUCACAUCGAGGAGGCACCCAAGGAGGAGGUUACCACGCUGCUGCGCAUCUUCAAGCACCCCGGUGUGGGCCGUAUCGAUUCUCUGAUUGUCUACGAGGUCGAGCCCACUUGGGAGAGCCUGGACGACAGCGACGUCUUCGUCCUAGACAAGGGCGACAAGAUCUGGGUCUGGCAGGGCAAAAGCUGCAGUCCCAUGGAAAAGGGCAAGGCGGCGCAAGUGGUACACGAUCUCACUCUCGCCAAGCACGUCGACGUCGAGGUUCUAUCUCAGCUCGAAGCCCGCUCAAAGGUCAUCGUCGACCUACUGGGUGGAAAGGAGAUCACCCAAUUAUCAUUCCAGUCCCCGCGACCUUUCUCGUCCUCUACCAAGCGAGCACCGGCCGACAACGACGCUAGUCCCCAGAAGCUCUUCCGUCUCAGCGACGCUUCGGGCAAGCUAUCUUUCGAUCUGGUCAAGGAAGGAAGUCAGAUCAAGCCCUCGGAUUUGGAUGAAAACGACGUCUUUCUGUAUGACGCCGGGAAUAGAAUCUGGGUCUGGCAGGGUUUGGGGGCCAGUGCCAAUGAAAAGGCCUUGUGGCUCAAGGUCGCUCAGUCAUAUGUUCGCUGGCUCCAGGAGAGCCAGGAAGGUUCCGAGGCUCAUUUCACGCCGAUCGCGAAGGUCACACAGGGGCGUGAAAAUCCGGCGUUCAUGAAGGCGAUCGCCGCAUAA